CAACCCGCACAGACGGUCUGUUAUAACACACUCAGCUGGAUAUUAGAGAGGGUCUGUGGUGUGUUUGGAGGGACGGUUGUUUGGGACUGGUUUUGCGUGAAUGUGAGCUCCCUUUAGUCGCUCUUUUUUUUUUUUUUUUUUUUUUUUAAAUCAAGGAAACCUGUGAAAGCGUUAGUACCUCUGUCCGCUUCACCAGAGGGUUCAACAGUAUGGCUGCUGCUCUCACCAUGCUCCUCUUCGUCUUUCACAUCUUCACUGUUUCAGCACUGCAAACAGCGUCUGGACAAGACUCCUCGCAGAGAAGCCCGCACCUCACUAGCUGCGUGUCCAAUAACAUGGAGACUUUCUACUGCAGAUGGGAUGUCGGCACUUUCCAGAACCUGUCCGAGCUGGGCGAUGUUCGCUUAUUCUACAUGAACAAAAAGCGCCCCAAUGCACCUCCUACAGAGGAAUGGAGUGAGUGUCCUCAUUACAGCACAGACAGGUCAAACGAGUGCUUCUUCAAUGAAAACUAUACAACCAUCUGGACAUGUUACAGUGUCCAGCUCCGCUCAAGGGAUCAAGCCGUCCUGUAUGACGAGGACCUCUUCUACAUCCAAGACAUUGUGCAACCAGAUCCACCAUUCGGACUGAACUGGACUCUGCUGAAUAUAAGCGUGACCAGCGCGUUCUAUGACAUAAUGCUGAGCUGGAAGCCACCUCAGUCUGCAGACGUGGAGAUGGGAUGGAUGAGACUGCAGUACGAGGUCCAGCACCGCAGCGUUGACUCUGACCGCUGGGAAGUGGUGGACCCUGUGAAAAGCACACAGCGCACCCUGUAUGGGCUUCAAACUAAUGUUGAUCAUGAGGUUCGGGUCCGGUGCAAAAUGCUUGGCGGAAAAGACUAUGGAGAAUUCAGUGACUCUGUAUUCAUCCACAUCCCCUCUAAAGUGUCAAGAUUCCCUGUGGCAGCUUUACUCAUCUUUGGUGCCUUGUGUUUAGUGGCCAUCCUGAUGUUGGUUAUCAUAUCACAGCAGGAAAAGUUGAUGGUUAUUCUUUUGCCUCCUGUUCCUGGACCUAAAAUAAGAGGAAUUGACACUGAACUUCUCAAGAAAGGGAAGCUGAGGGAGUUGGUAUCCAUCCUGGGUGGCCCCCCUGAUCUGAGAUCGGAGCUAUACAACAAUGACCCAUGGGUGGAAUUUAUCGAUCUGGACAUUGAGGAGCAGAAUGACAGACUGACAGACCUGGAUACGGAUUGUCUAAUGGAACGGUCCUUAUCAUCCAAUUGCUCUCCCCUUUCCAUUGGCUUCAGAGAUGACGACUCAGGCCGCGCCAGCUGCUGCGACCCGGAUCUACCCAGCGAUGCGGAAGCACCACCUUUCCAUGCUCUCAUCCCAUGUGAAAUCGUUAGUGAGAACCAAUCAAGCCCAGCAUCUUCUGAACCAAGCUCUCCGAUCCAAAGCCCUACCACUGGGGAUCCUCCUUUGGUAGCCCCGGUGAGAGAGGCAUUGUACACCCAGGUGAGCGAGGUGAGGUCAUCUGGCAAGGUGCUGCUGUCACCUGAGGAACAGACUGAGACGGAGAAAACCACUUGCAAAGACACAGAGAAAGACGUCAUAGUGGAGAAGGAGAAGGAAAGAGAAAAGGAGAAAGAAGAGAUUCGGCUCUUGGUAGUGAAUGCAGACCAUGGAGGUUAUACCUCAGAGCUCAACGCAGCGAAAAUUAGCCCAAGAUCCUCAAAGGACUUGGGAGAACCUUAUCAGACAGGAGAAAACUUGACCCCAGUGCAGUCCCCGUUAUCCGGGGACUACCAGAGGCCUUACCACGAAUCAGACAACAACCCUGUGUCCCCUUUUCCUCCUGCUCCGGUCUACACUGUGGUAGAGGGCGUUGACAAACAGAACAGCCUCUUACUGACCCCAAACUCAACACCUGCACCACAGCUGAUAAUAACGAAAACCAUGCCGACACCAGACGGCUACCUGACCCCUGACCUUUUGGGAAACAUCACACCAUAGAUAGGCGAUGAACAAUUAAAGACUAUUCAGAAAGUUGAAGACUAUUUAAUAAAAGGCAAAGAUAAGCGUGGGAACAGUCUUUAAGAUUGAAGGUUGAGGGUCUCAAGGUUGAGUAUUGAAUGUCAACUCACUCUAAACUAGGUGGGGGAGGUACUUCUGUGUCUGUCCUACCUCCACCUCCUCAGACCUUCGCAGCAUCCUCCGACAAGGCUCUAAAGUGAACAUGGUUGGACGUGUGAAUGAACAAGACCACAAAAAAAAAUGGUUUUACUGCAGUUGUUUAAAGGGAACUGAUGCUCGAAACUGCCUCAAUAAUUCUACGCUCUGAUACUUAAAAAACAAAUAUUCAACACAACUAUCUUUGUAAAACUCAAUUAUUAUUAUUUAAGCCACCAUGGGGCAGAAUAUUCCACAAACAAACUGACAGACAGGCCCUAAAAUAUUAAUGCCUUAUCAACCUGUUAGCAAACAUUUCUGUAGUUAGUCAUCCAGCAGACAAAAAGCUACAUGAUCAUUCAUUUGGAGUUGUCUUUUUGUCUAGUUGAUGCUUAUUAGUUCUCUGUAGCUCUCAAUCAUAUCCUGAGAAAAAUAUCUUGCUCUUUAGCUACUAGAUGCUACACUUUUUUCAUCAGCUAGUUGUUACUUUUGUCUAUCUACCAUUUGGUGCCAUGAGCUAAAAUAUGCUCUGUAGAGCUGCACAGACAGUGAUAAUUUCCUGUGGUUUUAUGACUUGAGUGAUACCUUUUACAGUACAGGUAGUCAUUUCAUUCAAUGUUAAUAUGAAAAUAUCUAUUAAUGCAUGCACUUUUAAUGUUUCUUUUUUUACUUGGUUUCUGGUUAACAGUGCAUUUAAUGCAAAUUUGAAGUUGGGGUUACAUGGUCAACAGUGUUGAAUUUGUACAGUUAUUGCAUUUUAACUGUGCAAGUGCCAGUUUCAAAUAAAGGACUUUCAUACUUUU